CACUAAUGCUCACUCUAAAAUCUCGCUCCCUCCGAUAUCCCUCACAAGUACAGUGCCGUUGUUCGUUUCAAAGCUCUCUCUCUUUUGAAGCUCAGACGAUUCUCUCUUUCCGCGGUUAGCUCUUUCUUCUGUGCUGUGAUUCCAGGUCUUCGCUCGGAGCUUUUCGCAGUUUCUGUUCGCUUUUGCAACAUUUAAAGUAGUUGGCGAAAUUGCGAGGAAGUAUUCAUACAAUUAUUGAAUUGUCUUGGUUGGGUAGUUUUGAGAAGGAGCUGCAAAAUGAGAAUGGCAGUGGAACACGCUAUUCAGAAUAACAUGAUCUGUCUUCACAGAUGCUCCUCAAUUCAAACGAUAACCCAACACCCUUUCUCAAGUUUCAGCUUUUCCCCCUUUCACAAGGUGACCAGCAUGCGUCAUGUUAAGUGCUGCCACAAUCCGCCCAGUUACAGGGCUGUUGAGAAGGAAAUAAGCAAGAAAGUGGGAAAAAAGGAACACCACUUGUGGAGGAAAAGAGACUCAAUUGGGUCUGGACAAAAGGCGCUCAAUCUAGUUCGAAUUGUUUCUGAGCUCCCUAAUGAGAAAGAGGCUGUCUAUGGAGCAUUAGAUAAGUGGACGGCUUGGGAAACUGAGUUCCCAUUGAUUGCUGCAGCAAAAGCUCUAAGAAUCUUAAGGAAGAGGAAUCAAUGGAAACGUGUAAUUCAAGUGGCUAAGUGGAUGUUGAGUAAAGGCCAAGGAGCUACGAUGGGAACAUAUGACACUCUUCUACUGGCAUUUGAUAUGGAUUGGAGGGUGGAUGAGGCUGAAUCAUUAUGGAACAUGAUUUUGCAUACACAUACACGCUCCAUUUCCAAGCAGUUGUUUUCUAGAAUGAUUUCCUUGUAUGAUCAUCAUGACAUGCGAGAUAAAGUAAUUGAGGUAUUUGCUGACAUGGAGGAGUUGGGUGUGAAACCAGAUGAAGAUACAGUAAGGAGAGUGGCAUGUGCUUUCCAGACACUAGGCCAAGAAGAUAAGCAGAAACUGGUUCUCAAAAAAUAUCAAUGCAAAUGGAAGUACAUUCACUUUAACGGCGAACGGGUUAGAGUGAGAAGAGAUGCAUGGGAUGAAAAAUGCUAAUUGAACCACAAAUGAAAUGGGGGUUGAAUUUAAAUUUUCAGUAUUGAAGGCACAGCAUCUGAACUUUGCACAUGGGCUUCUUUGCUAGAUCUUAGAAACCGAGGAGGACAUCCAUGGAGAUUUCAUGGCUGUUGCUAUAGAGGUUUGAUCAACUCAAACUCCCUUUGUGGGUAAGGUAAAGCACCUACUAGCUAUUGUUGAAGCCUUACCCUUGUUUGCUAACCUGGAGGUGGUUCUAAUGUAUUGUGUAGAUAUAUGUCCAUAAAUAUGUCAUCAUUUGCUGUAAAUUGUAGUUAGAAAGAAACGAUAGUUUGGUAAUUAUAAAACAUGAGGCACUGGUAUCUUCAAAUUUCCUUUAGACUGUGUUGCAACAUUGGAUGAGUGUACUUUGGAAGUGAAAUGGAUUUACUGUAGUCUGAGGCCAGUUUGUUU